UCUGAACCUCAGUUUCCUCAUCCAUCAAAUGAGGGGGCUGGACUAGGAGCUCUAGGGUCCCUUGCAGUUCUACCUCUUGUGCCAUAUAGUCAGGACGUGACCGAGGGGUCUGGUUCCAGCUCUGCCACUGACUAGCUGGGUGACUUCCGGACAAUUUCGUCCCCUCUCUCCACCUGAGCAUCCUCGUCUGUUAAAUAAGGGCUUGGACGAGAAGCGCUCUAAGGUCCCUUGCAGUUGCAAACCCUGCUGAGAAAGAAGUUGUGAGGGCGGGAUACUUCCCUUCCUUCAUUCUUUGUCUCCUCCCAGUGUCGCCAGUAGCUCAUGGUUGGUGUAGCUGAGUGAGUCUCUGCUGCCUACAGAAUUGUCCGGACCCUAGAGUCACGCAAUCUCUGGGUGGGUGAUUUGGGGAUAGUCAGGCCAGGGAUGCAGGAAGAUGGGCCCGAUGACCCAAGAAGAUUCGACCCAGCCCUGGAUCCUAUGAUUCCCCCGGAGCCUUGCCGACCCGGGGUUCCACGCUCUCCUGAGGUCAGUCCUCAGGUGCCAGUCACCAAGAUGGCAGCCAAGCAACCCCCGCCUCUCAUGAAAAAGCACAGCCAGACGGACCUGGUGAGCCGCCUGAAGACCCGAAAGAUCCUGGGAGUGGGAGGAGAGGAUGAUGAUGGAGAAGUGCACCGCUCCAAGAUCAGCCAGGUGCUGGGAAAUGAAAUCAAGUUUACUGUCCGGGAGCCUUUGGGGCUCAGGGUCUGGCAGUUUGUCUCAGCUGUUCUCUUCUCUGGGGUUGCCAUCAUGGCCCUUGCCUUUCCUGACCAGCUGUUUGAUGCUGUCUUCGAUGGAGCUGAGGUGAACAGCAAAACUCCAAUUCGACUCUAUGGAGGGGCGCUCCUCAGCAUCUCUCUUAUCAUGUGGAAUGCCCUCUACACGGCUGAGAAGGUCAUUAUCCGCUGGACGCUGCUCACCGAGGCCUGCUAUUUUGGAGUGCAGUUCCUAGUCACCACUGCCACCCUGGCAGAAAAUGGGCACAUCUCGCCAGGGGCCCUGUUCCUCCUCGCCAGUCGUCUCCUCUUCAUCCUCGUCAGCAUUUACUACUAUUACCAAGUGGGCCGCAGAACCAAGAAGGCCUAGUAGCCCUGUCCCUCCAUGGGCAGAGGAUGUCAGGGGUGGGGUGGCCUGCCUGGACUUCCCUGGGCCAGGGUGACGUUCGGGGGUUUUAUUUUUUGGUUGUCCUUUUCAUCUACUAGAGGGGGUGACCUCUCCCUGUCCCCAGACCUUGACUGCUCGGCUCCUGGCCCAGGCAGGGAGGUGGUUACCCUGGCUUGGCUCAGUGAUUCUAGACUGAAGAGUUUUCAUGUCCUAACCAGCCCCUGGACCUAGGAUUGGAGCCGACCUUGAUCCUGGGCCAAUGUGUAGCCACUGGCUUUCCUCCUGAGAAAUCUCCCUAGUCCAUGACCAGCUAUCUGAGACUUCCCAAGGUAGGAAUAGGAGCUGGUCUAGUCUUUGAGGUCUUGGAAGCAGCAGUGAUACUGUGGAAAGAACACUGGAUUUGGAGGUAGAAGACUCUUGAGGUCAAAUCCUGGUCCUCUUUACUACCUAUGAGAUGUUGGCUAAGUCAUUUAACAACCCUGAGACUCAGUUUUCUCAUCUACAAAAUGAGGAGAUUGUACUUAAUGAUCUCUAAGGGUUCUUUCCAGUUCUAAAUCCCACCGCCUAUGAGCUAGAUGAAAAGACCCAAGGUCCCUGGGGAUAAAAAAAAGCAUCUCUUUCUACUGGGACAGACUGGAUAUGGCUUCUGUAGGGACAAAAUGAAAGGCCCACCUCCACCCUUUGGGGAUCUCCAGCUUUUGGGCUUCUGCUGGUCACUGCUGCUGAAUCCCUGAAUCUCAGAGUUGCAAGGGAGCUCAGAGCUUAUCCAUUCCAAGCAACAUAAGGACUUGAGACCAGGGAAUGGAGGAGGGAACAGCCCCCUAAAUGGGGUCACCAGAGGCCAGGCUCAUGGGGCUGCUCCCAUAUCCUCUGGAAGCCAAAGCCUGCCCCAAAGAUGUUCUCCUAAACUCUGUAGGAGCCUCAGCCUGAGUUCAGAUCCAAGGUUUUCUCCUUGUCUUUUCAUGGCUGACUAUUCCAGGCAUUUGAAUGCAGUCUACCCACACUGCCCCUGGUCUUUCCAGACAUCUCCAUAUUAGAACUCUUGGUUAGAGACCCCUUUGGCUCAUGAGCUGUCUCACUGACCAUCCAUCCUCUGAAACUGAGCCAUUAGGCUCCACUCCAAUCUCACCCCUAUAUUGUUUCUUGGGAUCAGAGGUUUUGCUGUUGCCCAGCCUAUGGGUGUGGAUUUGCAGAUGGGUCACUGGGCUGGACUGUCCAGUGGACUGUGAACCCAGCCAGAUGGGACCAUAACAGACAGGAGUAAGUCAUUCUAUUGAUAGGAAAUGCCCCUUUUGGAGGGUUAUCACCCCUUAUGAAGAUGGGUACUUUCAGGGGUGGGUGAAAAACAGAAAAAGAGAUGCUCAUCUGUUUUCUCUCCACCCCCAGCUGAGAGGCUCUAGGGUCUACUCCAAAGCUGCCCAAGGAUGAAUUAGACCUAGAUUGGGAGGGGCCAAUAUACCCUUUGGGAUUCAACUUUAACAAUGGUCCCUCCAGGCAGGAGACUGCCAUGUGAGCAUUGGCCCAAGGGCUCUCCCCAGACCCCAAUCCCUGCCAGUCUGUAGACCACCUCUUUCUUUCUCCUCCCUCACCCCAACCUUCCUCAGCUUCCCUUACCCCUGUUCCAUUCUCUGGAUAGGGGCCUUGGUGAACUCUAUCCCCACCUCUACCUGUCAGUGACAGGUUCCUGAGUCAGAAACCAUUUUGUAAAUAGUAGAAUUAGGAAAUGCAAAAAAGAGGAAGAAAACUCCCUUCAUUUCUGCAAAUCGCAACCCUCCUCCGUGUUUGCCUCCUGGGAGAGCCCCUUCCCCUGCUGGCUGAGCUCUGACCCAGUGGGCAGGAAAGUCUAGCUACCUGCCUUCCCUCUUUCCUACUUUUCUAGCCUCUUUUCUCAUUUUUUUUCAUGCUUCAAAUGGUGCCUUUAGAGCAGGAAAUUCAGAAACUCAUGUUCUAUUCCAGAAGGACUCAAACAUCGCGUGUGUAUCUUUGUCUUUUUCUUUUUUUUCUUCCUUUGGGUGUUGCAAGACUUUGUUCUCUGAACCUGAUACCUCAGUAGCAGAAAUAAAAAAAAUCCAUUUGGUCAAAA